CCCCUCUCCUCCAAGGAAACCAUCAAGUUUCAAGGAAUGGCUUUUUACAGCUCGUUGUGGGCAGAAACAUACAUGCGGCAAACAUCAAGUUUACCACCCUCGUCUCUUCGCUAGCAGCAGAGAGAGACGUGCGCCGUGUCAAUGCGCUUCUCACGGGCAUCCGCGAAAACUGUGUCACGGCCUAUGGAGUCCCAGGCUGGACCAGAGAGAGCCCUCCUCUGUUUUCCACAGUGAGUUAUUGGACAGCCUGCAAAGAGUAAGCGUCCCAAAGAACAUGGAGAAAACAAAAUUAAGCCUGUUAACAAGAAAGUAAAACCCAAGACUCCCAAAAUGAAAGAGAGAGAAUCCAUGGACUCCUCUUUGAAGUCUCAGUCCAUACUGACACAGAUGACGGAUAAAGGUCAUUUCCAGAAACUAGCUGCCACCUUAAGCCUAGCUGCAGGAGAAACCAUAGAACUGCGAUGUAAGGGGAAUAAUGUUACUUGGAGCUAUCCUCCUUAUUUAGACACCUUCAAAGACUCCAGACUCAGCAUAAAGCAGCUCGACAGGUACAGUCAGCUGAUCCUUGCAAACUCCACUGCAGCAGACACAGGUGAAUACAGCUGCUGGCUUCAGCUGUGCAGUGGUAACAAAUGCAGGAAGGAUGAGACUAAAACAGGGUCAACAUACAUCUUUUUCACAGACAAAGAGGAACUUUUUGUACCUACUCCCAGUUAUUUUGAGAUUGUCUACCUGAACCCAGAUAAACCUGCAGUCAUCCCAUGCCGUGUUACUACUCCUUCAGCAAAAGUGACUCUUCACAGGGAAUUUCCAGCAGGAGAAAUUGAAACAGAUGGAACUGAUAUUAUUUAUGAUGCAAAGAAGGGUUUUGUAUUCCAGCACCCAACUUCUGAUCAUAAAGGUAUUGUCUACUGCAAAGCAGAGUCACAGGGAGCACCUCAGAUUUCCAUCAAAUACCACCUACUGUAUGUGGAAGUUCCCAAGGGCCCACCCUCAACCACAAUUGCAGUGUCAUCCAGUAGAGCCGGACUCAGUGACAGAGUUCAUGUGGUCUGCACAGUCCUCGGGGAGCCUGAUGUGGAUGUGAACUUCAAGUGGCAGUAUCCAGGACAAGAGUCCGGGAGGCCUGUGAUUAUUCAAAACUUCUGGAGAUUGAUAAACAGAGGAAUUGGACAUACUACAAGAAUCUCAAAGAGUGUUCUUCUUGUGGAGGAUUUUGAAGACAUAGAUGUGGGAAACUAUGUUUGUAUAGCUCAGAACCUACAAGGAGAAACAACAGUAGCUACCAAAGUUGAACUGAAGUGAUAGAAAAGACUUCUGGAUGUGGACUGGCCUCUGUUAUUUGACAUUACAGCAAUUAAUUUUCUUUAUUACGGUUUAAAUAUAGCUUCUCACUCACUGUUUCUUUUAUAUGUCAAUGCAUUGCAUGUUGACUAGUUUGACAGGCCACAACAGAGUUUACUCUGUCCAGCAGUAGUCAGUUGUGAGUUAAUGAAACUACUAUGAAGCAUGAAAGUUUAAGUCUGAACAUGUAUAGGGCGUGUGCAUAUUUAGAAACAGGUGCUCUUUCAGCUUUUCUUUCAGCAUAUAGUCUUUCCCUCAGACUCUUGCAUGAGGUCAACCCGCUGUGUGGAACAUGCAAUUUUAAGAGUGCUGUACAUGUUUAAAACAACAACUAAAAAGCAAAUUAAAAAAGCCUUGUAGCAAAGUUAACCAAUAGCAGUUGUUUAUUUUGCAAGAAUAAUUAAAUUUCUGAACAUUAUAAAAACAUAAA